GCCUUGUUGACAUUUCGCUCUGUUUACGUCCAGUUUUUAAGGUCAAGAAAACAAUUUUUAGAAAUAUUGAUCUUUUUUUACCAUUUGGCUGGGGGGAAGCUGUAGCAAAAUGACCUGUAGAGACAUUAAAGUCAAUUAAAUAUUUGCUCUGCACGAUUUGGUUUUACAUCAGCAGGGGGCAGCAGAUGAAGACAGUUGUAGUUAUGAUGCAACCCAGAGGAAAUAACAGACUGGAACAUUAAGUGACUGAGUGUGACUCUUUUCAGCACCUUUUCAUUUCACUGAAGUGUAAUGUACAGGUAUAGUGAAGGCUGCUUCAGAUGGAUUCAGCAAGAUAAAGAUGAAUAAGAUAUCAGUUACACUUAGAUUUACUGUUAUAGUUUAACGUACUUCCACCUCUACUCUCUCAUAAUGUAACUGAACAUCAAAAAUAUUUCUUUUGUGUGUUGAUUUCACACAUCACUUGCUUACAUCAAAUGCGUAAUUUUAAAAACAUGUUGCCCUCAUGGUCACAUUUGUUGGGGCAUUUGUCUCAUGUGAUGUGAUCUCUUGUGUAAGAGUUUAAGAAUAGCUUGUCCCUCUUGUUGACGACGCGUUGUUGAUGUGCCUGGGAUGCUGACGUACAGCUGUGUCAUAAGACAACUGGACAGCCAUUGAUUACAUUUUGCAGUUGGACAUAGUGAAUGUUGGCAGUUCAGGGUGUUUGAAUCUAUAGGUGCACAUUUUACUAUUUUGAAAAAAGUCUUUGAUUAAGUAGCUUGAAAUAAGGUAGCAGACGUUCUUAUUAGCGAGUAGAUAGAUACUUACCAAUUUUACACUCUUACACUAUUUUAAGAAUAUUGUUUUACUGUUGUUUGUGCAAAGAUAACAUUUUCGAGUGCAUCUAAAUAAAUGACCCAACUGUUUAUUGACAUAAACCUACCAUAAAUUAGGCUUUAAAAUGAGAAAAAAUAAUACCAAAUGGACAUCCCAGAUCACCAGAGCCCAAGUGAUGCCUUGCAGUUUUUUUUUGCAUUUGAUGGUUUGAUAAAAAUGUAAUUAAUGAUCAAACUGUCAAUUUUCUAUUGAUUUAAUACCAGUUCUUGUUCUCACGUUUGGACGUGUCAAAAGUAUAUGCAAAAACAAGUCUCUAUAAUAAAGUUACUGUGUUUUCUGUAGUAAACAGAGCUGGUUAUAAAUAGCAGACUAGGUAAAUGAUAACAAAUCAAAGGAGAUAAAAUCAUCCAAACAUAGGAGUCACAGGAUGUUGACAUUGACUUGUUUACCGAUUUGAGCUCAGCUGGGGCUCCUCAGCCAGUCACAUGGACCCUGGCUGUCUCUGUUCUGUCCACCAUUUCUGUCUCUGCAAGGAGGAUACACAGUGCCCACUGGGACAUGUGACACAUGCAGCACUGGGUAGGAGGGGGACAUUUCUGUGAAAAGAUCCUAAGGCAGCAAGCAGGCAGGAAUGUGUGCUCUGGUUGGUGAGAAGGAUCGGAUGUCACCGGCUGUGAGGGGCUGGUAUAAAGGACAGCGCUGCUAGCUCUCAGCUAGAAUAGAUAUCAGCAUUUCAGAAGUAACAGCACACACUGAGGCUGCUACGUCCGCAGAGUCCGACCUUUAUUUUGCCAACUAUUUGAAACCAACGGAGGGUUAAGCUUUUAGUUAUCUCUUGUGAAAAUCAGGUAAUUUACUCAUCCAGCUGGAAGCAGAGACUUUUCCAUAAUGGAUGUUCAGAGGACAGGAUCUGUGGUUCGGCCCCCAAGCCCAAUGGAUAGUCUGGAGAAGCAGCUGAGCUGCCCCAUCUGCCUGGACAUGUUCACCAAGCCUGUGGUCAUCCUGCCCUGUCAACAUAACUUGUGCCGUAGUUGUGCCAGCGACCUCUACGACUCGCGCAACCCAUACCGCUUUUCUGGUGGCGUCUUUCGCUGUCCUACUUGCCGGUUUGAGGUUGUGCUUGACCGCCAUGGUGUCCAUGGGCUCCAACGCAACCUGUUGGUAGAGAAUAUUAUCGACAUCUAUAAACAGCAGCAAGAAGUUAGUGGGACCGGAAGCUCAGAAACCACCCUGAAGUCUAAGGAAUCCAAAGAACCGAUGUGCCAGGAACACGAGGAUGAGAAAAUCAACAUCUACUGCGUGACCUGUCAGGCACCCACCUGCUCCAUGUGCAAAGUGUUUGGCCAACAUAAGGACUGCGAGGUGGCACCUUUAGCAAGUGUUUACCAGGCCCAGAAGGGUGAACUGAGUAACGCUAUUGAUACCCUGGUGGCCAGCAAUGGUCGCCUGCAGGUCCUACUCAACCAGAUGGAAGAUGCCUGCCGUGCCGUGCAGGACAAUGCUCAGCGUGCUAAGCAAGGGCUCGCUGAACGCUUUGACCUCUUAUAUGCUGUCCUGGAAGAGCGCAAGACCGUUCUGCUAGAGCAGAUUGGUAAAGAGCAAGAUGAAAAGGUAGCAGCUCUGCGGGCAUUGGCUAAACGUUAUGGUGAGCGACUGCAGGCUAGUUCAGAGCUCACAGAUACGGCCGUGAGGGCAUUGGAGCAGGGUGGCGCUGCUGAGUUUCUGUUAGCCUCCAAGGGUCUUAUCACUCAGACCAAAGAUGCAGCUAAGUGCUCACUGGGGGAGGAGAGGCCAGAGCCAGGCUUUGAGAAGAUGGACCACUUCACUUUGUCAACAGAGCAUGUUGAAGCAGUCCUUGCAAAAAUGGACUUUGGAGUGGCUGAUGAUGAUGAAUUUGAGGAUGCAGAGGAAGAGGAGGAAGAGGAGGAAUAAUGAAAACUGAAGUGGUUACAGACUUGUAGGAAAUACUGAAAUGUGUGAUUUUGAAGGUUUUUCAAGUGUUUAUAGCAGGAACUCCUCAUUUAAUCUUGAAAGAAAUUCAGGGUUACAUUGGAUGUGGGCUAAAAUCGCUUGCCCCUACUUUCAGUGCAAUAAUUUCAUUGUAAUUUUUUUUCUCAACUUGUUUUUAUACUUUUGUACUUCUGAGCUGUUUGAAUGGAAAAAUGGGACUAGAUAAAUGUAAAUAUAGAAGAUUGAUUGCGCAUCAUUUUCCUCAUUUGUAGCUGAUGGAAAUGUUUUUCACUCUUUGCCUAAGUUUGUGUUGAAUUGGUGAUCAGCCGCCUGUAAUCACCAGAUCUGUCUUUGGAGGAACGUGGAAUAAAGCUGCAUGAAGUUAA